ACCCUAACAUUUCCCUCCCGCCGGCGCACUGAUACUCAUUUCGCUGCCGCCGUCUUCUUCCUUCUCCGGCAAUGGGUCGCGUUAUCCGAGCGCAACGUAAGGGUGCGGGGUCGGUGUUCAAGUCCCACACCCACCACCGGAAGGGCCCCGCCCGUUUCCGCAGCCUCGACUUCGGCGAGCGUAAUGGCUACCUCAAGGGCGUCGUCACCGAGAUCAUCCACGACCCCGGCCGCGGCGCCCCACUUGCCCGCGUCUCCUUCCGCCAUCCCUUCCGCUACAAGAAGCAAAAGGAGCUCUUUGUUGCCGCUGAGGGCAUGUACACCGGCCAGUUCGUCUACUGCGGGAAGAAGGCCACCCUCGUCGUCGGCAAUGUCCUCCCCCUCCGGUCCAUUCCCGAGGGUGCCGUCGUAUGCAAUGUUGAGCACCACGUCGGGGACCGUGGGGUCAUCGCUCGCGCCUCCGGAGAUUACGCGAUUGUCAUCAGCCACAACCCUGACAAUGACACCACUAGGAUCAAGCUUCCAUCUGGGUCCAAGAAGAUUGUGCCGAGCGGGUGCAGGGCAAUGAUUGGGCAAGUCGCAGGAGGGGGUAGGACUGAGAAGCCGCUCCUGAAGGCAGGCAAUGCCUACCACAAAUUCCGGGUGAAGAGGAAUUGCUGGCCGAAGGUCCGUGGUGUGGCCAUGAACCCCGUCGAGCAUCCUCAUGGUGGUGGUAACCACCAACACAUUGGCCAUGCCAGUACUGUCAGGCGUGACGCGCCGCCCGGGCAGAAGGUCGGUCUCAUUGCUGCCCGCAGGACUGGUCGGCUCCGUGGACAGGCUGCCGCCAGUGCUGCUAAAGCCGACAAGGCUUGAGAGAUUCCUGCAGUUUAGUUAUGUUUUUCAGUUAUUUUAUUUUGAUCUCACAGUUCUCAAAGCUUUGGAGUACGAAAUUUGUAGCUUAUGACAACUCUUUGUAUUGGAAAUUUUGCCUCUUGUUUGAAGGUUCAGAAAGUAUUUGGUAAAUGGAAUGACAUUGGUUGCAUGUUGGUCUGGUUGUA